UUAGCUAAUGAAUAAAAGUAAAACUGUGCAGAAAAGUUUCACGGCUCAGCAGAAAGCUAAAGCAAAAGUUAGCAAGAAAUUUCCAUUUCUACACAGCAAACACUUCCACUUCCAGUUCCACUUCCACUUCCACUUCCACUUCCUGCUCCAUUACCUGCCCGAGACGCCUGCCGUCCGCCCUCGCUCCUGUCAUCGCCCACACACACACACACACACACGCACACAACAGCAGCUAAAUGACUAACUUCAUAUUCAGCUUCGGCUUCAGCUUGAGCUGGUUGCUAACCACGCUCCUGCCACUGCUCUGGCUGCCAGAUGAGGCCAACGCCCGCAUCGGCUACUUCUGGCACAUCAGCGACCUGCAUCUGGACACAUUUUACUCCACGCAGGGCGACAUAUACAAGAGCUGCUGGCAACUGUCGCACACCGCCGCCUCCUCCUCCUCCUCCGUCCGUCAGCAGACGGCCACGGAGGCCCCGGGUCCCUUUGGCCACUACAACUGCGACAGUCCCUGGAGCCUCGUUGAGUCGGCGGUCAAGACCAUGAAGGCCAAGCAGGGCGACAACGUCGAGUUUGUCCUGUGGACUGGCGAUGCACUCUCGCACUCUGCCCAGGCGCUCUCCGAGCAGAAGCAGCUCGAGACAUUGCGCAACAUUACAGAGCUGCUGGGACGCAGCUUCUCCUCGCCGUUCAUCUUCCCAGUGCUCGGGCACGAGGACGGCAGCAGCGGCCCGCACAAGUACAAGCAAAUGGGCGAGCUCUGGCGCCACUGGCUGCCCACCGAUGCGCUCGUCACCUUCGAGCUGGGCGGCUACUACUCCAUCGAGCAGACCAGAAGCCGUCUACGCAUCGUUGCGCUCAACACGAACUUCAUGCGCUACGACUACGAGUCGGAGUUGAAGCCAGCGCACAGCCUGCGCUGGCCCGCGGAAUACGUUGUAGAGCCGAAGGCUUCCAGUCGCACGAUGUCUGCCCAGGAUCAGCUGCAGGACCAGCAGCAGGCUGAGCAGCAGUGGCUCUGGCUGGACGAGGUGUUGGCCAAGUCGCGAGAUAAGCAAGAGACGGUCUACAUAGUGGGUCACAUGCCGCCGGGCGUGGACGAGCGCAACAUGGGGCCGCAGCAUAAUGGACAGUUGAUCUUCACGGAGCGCAACAAUCAACGCUACCUGGAGCUGGUGCGCAAGUACGCCUCGGUCAUACAGGGCCAGUUCUUUGGGCAUCUGCACUCGGACACCUUCAGGCUGAUCUACGAUGAGCAAGGCACGCCCAUCUCCUGGCUGAUGAUAGCGCCGUCGGUGGUGCCGCGCAAGGAGGGUCUGGGCGGCUCCAACAAUCCAGCGCUGCGACUCUACAAGUUCGACACGGGCAGCGGCCAGGUGCUGGACUAUACGCAAUACUUUCUCGACUUGCCGCUGGCCAAUCGCGCCCACGAGCCGCUCUGGCUGCCCGAGUACAACCUGACGCACUACUAUGCGUUGGCCGAGAUCUCUUCGAUUGCGUUGCACAACUUUGCCGAGCGUUUCACGGGCAGAGAUGCCUCCUGGUUCAGCAGAUAUCAUCGUGCCAAUGCCGUGCGUUAUCAGUCCGGCUCAGCUUGCCUGGGCCUGUGCAUGCUCAAUCAUUAUUGCGCCAUCACGCGCCUGGACUACGACGAGUUUCGGCUGUGCCUGGAGUCGGAGCAGCUGCCGCUGCAGAGCGGCGCCUCGUGGCGCCAGUUGAGCUGCAGCUGCUUGCUCCUUGCACUGGCGCUGCGUACAGCAACCCAGCGAAUUUACCAAUGAAGGAUAUACGACUUUAGCCAGUUCAAAUGGGAAACCCAAAAUAAAACAAAAAUAAAAACAAAAUAAACUUAAGCUCGAUGCAGGCGCCACGCUUCCUAAACGAA